AUGUCUUAUGACAAGAUGAAAUCAGAAGACAAUGUUUCCUCUGUGACACAAUUCAUACUCAUGGGGUUUUAUGACCUUCCCAAACUACAAGGGUUAUUAUUUGGGGUAUUUGCAAUGAUUUACAUAAUUAUCUUAAUAGGAAAUAGCCUCAUCAUCACAGUAACCAGGAUUGACCCUGCACUGCAGAAACCCAUGUAUUUUUUCCUGGCUAACUUUUCCUCACUGGAGAUCUGUUAUGUGUCAGUGACCCUCCCUAGGAUUCUGAAGAACCUGUGGACUCAGGACAGAAGCAUGUCAAAGGUGGAGUGUGCUACCCAAAUGUGCUUCUUCCUUAUGUUGGGGACCACUGAGUGCUUCCUGCUGGCCGUGAUGUCCUAUGACCGCUACGUGGCCAUCUGUAACCCCCUGCACUACCCUCUGGUCAUGAAUCACAAGUUCUGUGUCCAGUUGGCUGUGGGUGCCUGGGUCACGGGAAUCCCAAUCCAGAUUGGACAAACAAGCCUCAUCUUCUCUCUGCAUUUCUGUAAUUCUAACAAAAUUAACCACUUCUUCUGUGACAUCCCCCCAGUGAUCAAGGUGGCCUGCGGGGACACUUCCCUGCAUGAGAUCUAUGUUUACGUAGCAGCUCUAGUGAUCGUUGCCAUCCCUUUCACACUGAUUCUUUUCUCUUAUGGCAAAAUCAUCGCCACGAUUCUGAAAUUGCCAACAGCCAGCGGACGGGCUAAAGCCUUCUCCACCUGCUCUUCCCAUCUCAUAGUUGUGGUUUUAUUCUUUGGGUCUGCUUCUAUUACCUACUUCAUGCCCAAUUCCACUCAUUCUGCGUUAACUGACAAACUGUUCUCUCUUUUCUACACCAUAGUAACUCCGAUGUUUAACCCCUUGAUCUACAGCCUUCGGAACAAGGAUGUGAUUGCAGCCCUGAAAAAAAUAUUCCUUAAAAAAUAG